GCGAUAAUUAUUCUCCUUUGUUUUGGAACCCACACUCCCAUCCUCUGAGCAUCCAAAGUAGCAUUGGAAGCUGAUGCGAAGCUGACGUUGGAAUUUUCUCAUUCGCUCGGCUCCAGCCCACGGAAACGAAGAGGCGUAAACCCGGCCCGACGUGGCAGGGGUUUUGGUGUCUCUCCCUCUCUUUUCCAUGCAGAUCCAACCCAUGGGAUGGGCAGUUUUGCCAUGCGACUGUUGGUUCUGCUAAUCUUAUGCUUGAUACCCUCUGCUCUCUUUCCUCUUUGGUGUUGUUCGGAACUUACGCCGACUGUCUUGGUGUUCGCUGCACGUCAAUCUUGGGGUGGUUCUUAUGGGAAAGUGAAAGCCUUGGCGAUGUUCGGGCGAACAAGAGGCACGAGGGAAACGGCCCCCACGGUAACUCUCGCAAGGGAUGAGAAGUGUGGCUCCCGCGCAUGCGCCGUGCAGCCACAUCUGCUCCAACGGUCUCUCUUACUCUGCCACCCUUGCGUCGAUGCCCUCGCAUUGCGCAAUGUGGGUCGUACCGAAGCAGCCAAAAGUCCGGCGCGCUGGGAAGCCAUGGCUCCUAUUCAUGUUGAGGAACAUGUGCUGUCGUGAAUGCCGGCGGCGGCGCGGGCCAUAAGGCUGUGCCGCAGAGCCACUGGGACAUUUUGGGCAAAUCAACAACACGCAAGGCGCCUAUGGGUGUUGCCCGAGUCUUUUAUUCUGA